CACACGAAAACAAAAAGAAUAAGAUUACUUUGUUGACCACCAAGAUGGCGGAUUGAGUGCCUCCGGUCUCUGUUUCAGAUUUACGAUCUAGCUGCUACAUGUAUUCACAGAAAAUACAUCAUUAUUCACGAUCCGUCUUUUUUAAAACCUACGGAGUAGAAGUUGAAGCGAUGGGGUGUUACCUGCAGUGAAUAUUUACGACUUGAUAGAACCUGGAUGAUGGAAGAAAAAUGCUACGCUAAGAUGGCGACUUCCGGUAAAAGAGAUUCGGUGUCACCGACUGAGAAAACGCAGAAAAGUACAGAAAACGACAUGCAACGGCUGACUGGUCAUCCAGAACUUGCCCCACAAUCGCAGCGUGCCACUUUUAAUCAGGGGCCACCUCACAUUAAGGAGGAAAAGGAGGACAUCUGGAUCCAUCAGGAGAGGGAGUGUGUUCCCAAGCUGGAGGAAUCUGAUGGCAACAAAUUGCCACUGACUGCUGUCUCUGUGAAGAUUGAAGAUGACGAAGUCAAAUCAUGUGAAGAACCUUGGAGCAGUCAUACGUAUUGUGAAGAUGUCCAGCAGCUCAUUGUCCGUCAAGAAGAACUUCCCCCUCAACCACAGGGCGGGAGCUCAUCAUUGACGCAGGUGGCUCCACAGUCCACUGACAUUAAAAAGGAAGAGAAGGAACUCUGGAUCACUCAGAAGGGAGAGUGUCUUUUAGGGCCAGAAGAGGGUGAUCCCACCAAUUUGCCACUGACUGUUGUCUCGGUGAAGAAUGAAGAUGAUGAAGUCAAACCACAAGUGGACAACCUCUUAGCGCCACUGUCAGAUAGUGAGGCUGAAGACGCCGUUGAUGAGCCUUUGAACAGAAAUAAAGACAGUGAAGAUGAAUUUAAGAUUCACACAGACAAACACUCGGAAUGCUCUAAAGUGAAGAGCAGCAAAAAACGUUUAAGCUGCUCCGUUUGUGCUAAAAGCUUUAACCAAAAGAGCAAUUUGACCCAACACAUGAGAACACACACAGGAGAGAAACCAUUCAAUUGUUCAGUUUGCGCUAAAAGCUUUACUCAGAAGGGCAAUUUGACCCAACACAUGAGAAGGCACACAGGAGAAAAAACAUUCAAUUGCUCAGUUUGCAGUCAAAGCUUUUUCUCCAAAUCUGGGUUGACUCGACACUUCAUGAAACACACCGGAGAAAAAACAUUGAAUUGUUCAGUUUGCAGUAAAACGUUCCUUCAUAAUGCAGACCUGGUGAGACACACAAGAACACACACAGGAGAUAAACCAUUUGGUUGUACAGUUUGCGAUAAAAGUUUUUCUCAAAAGAACAAUUUGACUCAACACAUGAAAACACACACACAGCAAAAAAUGUGUUGCUCAGUUUGUGGUAAAAGCUUUAACCGAAAUGGCAAUUUGACUCAACAUAUGAGAACGCACACAGGAGAAAAACCUUUUGUCUGCUCAGUUUGUUGUAAAAGCUUUUCACAAAGGAGCCAUUUGACUGAACACAUGAAAACACACACUGGAGAAAAACCCUUUAGUUGUUCAGUUUGCGGUAAACGGUUCAUUCAUAAGGCCGACAUGGUAAGACACAUAAGAACACACAUGGGAGGAAAAACAUUCAGCUGUUUAGUUUGUGGUAAAGGCUAUACUCAAAGGCGAAAUUUGUCUGCUCACAUGAGAACACACACGAGGGGAAAAUCAUUCUGUUGUACGAUUUGCGGGAAAAGCUAUGCUAAAAUGAACAUUUUCACCAAUCACAUGAGAACACACACAGGAGGGAAACCAUUUGAAUGUUCAGUUUGCAGUAAAAGCUUUACUCAAAAAGCCAAAUUGACUCAACACAUGAUGAAACACACUGGAGAAAAACCCUUCAGUUGCUCUUUUUGCAGUAAAAGAUUUUCUGCCAAAUACCAAAUGAAAUGUCACAUGAGAAUGCACACAGGAGAAAAACCCUUUAGUUGCACAGUUUGUUGGAAAAGGUUUACUCAGAAGAUAGACAAAGUAAGACACAUGAGAACACACACAGGAGAAAAACCAUUUAGUUGCUCAAUUUGCGGUAACAGAUUUACUCAGAAAACAACCAUGGUCAAACACAUGAUUACGCACUCUGAAGAAAAACCUUUUGGUUGCACAGUUUGUGGCAAACGAUUUACUCGGAAAUCAAAUAUGGUCACACAUAAAAACUCACACGGAGGAAACCACUUUUAACUGGUCAGCUUCAUUUUAUCAGCUUGUGGUCAAUGAUACCAUGACAAGGGAGCAAUUGUUGGAGAUAUGUUAUCACAGGUGGGUGAAUAUCUUUUUAACUGCUCAAAUGGUGGCUAACGUCAUUUGGUUAUAAAAUGACCACUAGCUUGUUCAAGGGUUUCAAAAGGGAAUAUUCGCUGUAUGUGUGAUAUCAGAUUCCCCCAUGAGAGAGGGUAGUGCUCAGGACAGCAGUUACACAACUUUGCUUGGUUGAAGGGGAACAUUAUCACAAUUUCAAAAGGGUUAAAAACAAUAAAAAUCAGUUCCCAGUG